UGUGAGGGGCUGGUCUGUUGACAGGAAGCGUACGGGUGGAAUCACCACAGCCCGUCUGUGCGUGUAGUUUCACCUGACAAAACAAGAGAGGAGCCCCACAGUCAUUCAUCCCUCAGACGUGUGUGGACUUAAAUUAUGCGUUUAAACAUCGAACCGCGGCAAAUAUGCAAUGGAGGUCAUUAGUAGUUGGUCUGCUCGUAUUGAGACUGUCGCUCAGCUGUGUGCUGUGGUUAGCUUUCGGACUCGGGCACAACGUUAGCCUGGGGUUCAACUUCCCACUUAGUUUCAGCUUGCACAAAUUAGACGCGUUGUUAAGGGAAGAAAAGGCCACCGAUCCGAGCGGCACCUCGUGGUCUCAACGAAUACACGGCCGCGAGCAUGAAGAGGCGAGGACCAGCUGGGCGAAGGUGGAAGAGGAGUCCCCCAACAGAUCCUACCUGAGCUUCUUCGACGGCGACAAGGACGAGUACGCCCGCAAAUACGGCUCCUUCCCGGAUACCCUGAAAGCCAAAAUGAAGGACAUGGCCAAAGACAUGUUUUAUUUCGGGUAUGACAAUUACAUGAAGCAUGCCUUUCCCGAGGACGAACUGAACCCCAUAGACUGUGAAGGCAGGGGACCUGACGUGCUAAACCCGUCAAACAUUAACAUAAAUGAUGUUUUGGGCAACUACUCCCUUACCCUGAUUGACACAUUAGAUACUUUACUGGUGCUCGGCAAUGUGACUGAGUUCCAGAGGGCCGUUAAGCUGGUCAUAGACACUGUCUCUUUUGACAAGGACUCAACUGUGCAAGUGUUUGAGGCAAACAUCAGGAUCCUGGGAAGCCUGAUCUCAUCCCACAUCCUGCUGACGGACCCCAAACAUCCAUUCGGCGAGGUCGGCUUCGACGGGUACGAUAACGAGCUGCUUCACUUGGCCCACGACUUGGCCGUCCGCCUGCUGCCCGCCUUCGAGAACACCAGCACAGGCAUUCCCUACCCCAGGGUGAACCUGAAGACCGGCGUUCCUCCUGACAGCAUCAAUGAGACGUGCACGGCGGGAGCCGGGUCCCUGCUGGUGGAGUUUGGGAUUUUAAGCCGCCUGAUCGGGGACUCCACCUUCGAAUGGGUGGCCAGGCGGGCCGUCAGAGCUCUGUGGAACCUGCGGAGCAACGAAACCGGUCUGUUAGGGAAUGUAGUUAACAUCCAAACAGGCCAGUGGGUUGGCAAGCAGAGUGGCCUGGGAGCCGGUAUGGAUUCCUUCUAUGAGUAUUUGCUCAAAUCGUACAUCCUGUUUGGUGAGAAAGAAGAUCACAGGAUGUUCCAAGCCGCCUACGAGAGCAUUCAGAGCCACAUGAGGAGAGGAAGAGAGUCGUGUAAUGAAGGAGAAGGUGACCCACCUCUGUAUGUUAAUGUGAAUAUGUUCAGUGGUGAAAUAAUGAACACCUGGAUCGACUCCCUUCAGGCCUUCUUCCCUGGGCUGCAGGUGCUGAAUGGUGACGUUGAUAAUGCGAUCUGCCUGCAUGCCUUCUACUACGCCAUCUGGAAGCGCUUCGGGGCUUUGCCAGAGAGAUACAACUGGCAGCUGCAGGCUCCUGAUGUGCUCUUCUACCCCCUGAGACCAGAGAUGGCCGAGUCAACCUACCUGCUGUACCAGGCGACCAAAAAUCCUUUCUAUUUGCAUGUUGGAAAGGAUAUUCUUCAGAGCCUUGAGAAAAAUACCAAAGUCAGAUGUGGGUACGCCACUCUCCACCAUGUCGUGGACAAAUCCAAAGAGGAUCGCAUGGAGAGCUUCUUUCUCAGCGAGACAUGCAAAUACCUUUACCUGCUGUUUGAUGAGGACAACCCUCUUCACAAAUCCGACAACAAGUACAUCUUCACUACAGAGGGCCAUGUUGUGCCGAUAGACAAGCGUUUCAGGGAGAAACCGUGCAAUGACUUGUUCCCCUGUGACGAGGCGGCGCCGGCAGAACCGGAGCCAAUCAACCGGCCUCCUCCGAACAACACCAGCAAUUGCAACAGGAUCCCGGAAGAGCGACGGUACACUCUACCGCUGAAGAGUGUCUACAUGAGGCAGAUCGAUCACAUGGUGGGACUUUUCUGAGAAAAGGGGCUCCGCCUCCACAGGUUCAGAGGCCGACGCUGAAGAAAAACCCUGAGAAAGCGGCUUGAUCACUUGCUGUGUCGCCUAAAGGUCUGUGUGGGAUUUCUGCUCUUUGGCGGGUGGUCACAUGGUCAACACAGGCGAACAGCUGCAUAGGGAAGGGUCAGGCUUCGUUGCCGCUUGCCUGGUGACGAAUGGAGAUGGCGUGAGUGGAUUUUAGAUUACUGGUAUGUUGUUGUCUCUAACUGUUGGUUAAGGUAUGAGUGUGUUGACAUUGUGUGAGUGUUUGCAUGCGUGCAUGUGUGUGUGUGUGUGUUUGUUUUUACAGCUGAGCUGUGAAUCUCAUUGUGUUACUGGGAACAGUGCCAUCUAGCCACACAUGUACCACAUGUAUAGCCUAUAAAAAAAAAAAAAUCCCUCGACACAUGAUUAGUGCCUCUUCGAAGUGGAUUCACUUUACUAUAGCCGCGCUUUUACAAAAGGGCUGCACUUGAACAAAUAACAACAAUGAGGAAACAGGCUCAGGAUGAUUUUAAAGUGCCUUCCAUUUUUCUUGAUCAUUCUGGAUAUGCAGCAGCACAUAUUAUUUCUGAAGAACAUUUAAUCUUUUGAAGCCAUUGCCAAUAUUGCACAGUAGAUGUCAUUCCAUGUGUAUGUACUGUUUUUACACUGACUGGCAUUAAGCUUUUUUUUUUU